AUGGACAUCACGGAUUGUGUGUCAUAUAUAGUUGGGGAUAGAGGGAGCAAGGAAGUGAAUAGCAUGCGUGUAGACGAGUGUCCAAGUAACGUGUCUAUCAUGCACAAGAUCAAUCGCCGCACCCAACCCAAGCCCAAAUCGACUAGAUGGGUUUGGAUUUUCCGAGUGGUGUCAAAAACCCACUACCGACCCGAUCCCCACCACCACCAUCACAAGUAUCAAUUCAGGAAUUAUGAUACCGUCGAUAUGGAUGAGGACAGAUUCCAUCAUUUUUUCUCGACAGAAGAGUUGAAGAAGGAAAACCUAAUUAUGGACAUAGUAAUCAUGGAACAUAUCCUUCUAUGGCCGCGAGCACACGUGACUGUAGCUUAG